GCGGGAGCGGGAGCGGGGGUAGCGUUGGCGGCGGCGGCUCCUCCUCGGCCAUCCCCUCGGAGCCGUGCAGCUGACGCGCAUGGCGAAGACAGCGGCGCCUACCGAUGGGAGCAGCGGUUCUCAGCUGGACCGGCUUGGUGGCCUGAAUGUAUUAGUUUUGCUGCAUCUGCCCAAGAGAAAUAAGGAUGUCUAAGCCCCUGGAGGCCGAGAAGCAAGGUCUGGACUCCCCGUCAGAGCACACAGACACUGAAAGAAAUGGACCAGACACUAACCAUCAGAACCCCCAGAACAAGACCUCCCCAUUCUCUGUGUCCCCAACUGGCCCCGGCACCAAGGUGGGCAUUCUCUCUGGCCUCCACUUAACAUUCUGGGGUCCCGGACCCUGCCUCUCUCCCCCCCAGAUCAAGGCUGAAGACCCCAGUGGUGACUCAGCCCCAGCAGCACCCCCACCCCCCCAGCCGGCUCAGCCGCAUCUCCCCCAGGCCCAACUCAUGUUGACAGGCAGCCAGCUCGCCGGGCUCACUGCUCUGAUGCCAGCUCAGCAGCAGCUCCUCCUGCAGCAAGCGCAGGCCCAGCUCCUGGCCGCCGCCGUGCAGCAGUCCAAUGCCGCCGCCGCCGCUGCCGCCGCCUCCUCCUCCACCUCUUCCUCCUCCUCCUCCUCCUCCUCCUCUGCCUCCUCCUCGACCUCACAGCCCCCAGCCUCCUCUGGGGGCAACGACCUGCCACCACCACAGCCUGCCAGCCAGCCCCCAGGGACCCCACAGCUAACCCUGUCCCAGCCCAUCCAGCUCACAGCACAGGACAUACAGCAGCUCCUCCAGCUCCAGCAGCUCGUGCUUGUGCCGGGUCACCACCUCCAGCCACCUGCUCAGUUCCUGCUGCCACAGGCCCAGCCGACUCAGCCAGGCCUGCUACCAACACCAAAUCUAUUCCAGCUACCUCAGCAAACCCAGGGAGCUCUUCUGACCUCCCAGCCCCGGGCUGGGCUGCCCUCACAGGCCGUGACCCGCCCCACGCUGCCAGACCCGCACCUCUCGCACCCGCAGCCCCCCAAAUGCUUGGAGCCACCAUCCCACCCCGAGGAGCCCAGUGAUCUAGAGGAGCUGGAGCAGUUCGCCCGCACCUUCAAACAAAGACGCAUCAAGCUGGGCUUCACGCAGGGUGACGUGGGCCUGGCCAUGGGCAAGCUGUACGGCAACGACUUCAGCCAGACGACCAUCUCUCGCUUCGAGGCCCUCAACCUGAGCUUCAAGAACAUGUGCAAACUCAAGCCACUCUUGGAGAAGUGGCUCAACGACGCAGAGACUAUGUCUGUGGACUCAAGCCUGCCCAGCCCCAACCAGUUGAGUAGCCCCAGCCUGGGUUUCGACGGGCUCCCUGGCCGGAGACGCAAGAAGAGGACCAGCAUCGAGACGAACGUCCGCUUCGCCUUAGAGAAGAGUUUUCUAGCGAACCAGAAGCCUACCUCAGAGGAGAUCCUGCUGAUCGCAGAGCAGCUGCACAUGGAGAAGGAAGUGAUCCGCGUCUGGUUCUGCAACCGACGCCAGAAGGAGAAGCGCAUCAACCCCUGCAGCGCAGCCCCCAUGCUGCCCAGCCCGGGGAAGCCGGCCAGCUACAGCCCCCAUCUGGUCACACCCCAAGGGGGUGCCGGAACCCUGCCGUUGUCCCAAGCUUCCAGCAGUCUGAGCACAACAGUUACUACCUUAUCCUCAGCUGUGGGGACGCUCCACCCCAGCCGGACAGCUGGAGGGGGUGGGGGCGGGGGUGGGGCCUUGCCCCCCCUCAAUUCCAUCCCUUCUGUCACUCCCCCACCCCCGGCCACCACCAACAGCACAAAUCCCAGCCCUCAAGGCAGCCACUCGGCUAUCGGCUUGUCGGGCCUGAACCCCAGCACGGGAAGCACAAUGGUGGGGUUGAGCUCCGGGCUGAGUCCAGCCCUCAUGAGCAACAACCCUUUGGCCACUAUCCAAGCCCUGGCCUCUGGUGGAACCCUGCCCCUUACCAGCCUUGAUGGCAGCGGGAACCUGGUGCUGGGGACGGCCAGUGCAGCCCCGGGGAGCCCUGGCCUGGUGACCUCACCGCUCUUCCUGAACCAUGCUGGGCUACCCCUGCUCAGUGCCCCGCCUGGCGUGGGCCUGGUCUCAGCAGCUGCUGCGGCCGUGGCAGCCUCCAUCUCCAGCAAGUCUCCUGGCCUCUCUUCCUCUUCCUCCUCGUCCUCGUCCUCCUCCACUUGCAGCGAGGUGGCAGCACAGACCCCUGGAGGCCCAGGGGGGCCCGAGGCAGGGUCCAAGCUUGAGUGAGGGCCCGUCAUGCUUCUCCUCCUACUCUUCUGAGCCCCGCCUCAGCCCCCUGCCUGGGAAGACGGCAAGGGGACCAACGGUGGGGGUGCAGAGGGUCCUCGGAGCAGGAGUGACAAAGGAGGAAAAACCAAAAAAACAAAAAACAAAAAACCCAACCAACCAAAAAGAAAGAAGAAACCAACCAACAAAAGAAAACCAAAAAUAAUCACAACAGAAACCAGCUGUCCCAAAGGAACCAGAGGUGAAAAACAAAAAUAACCAAAAACAAACAAAAAAUUCCCCCACCAAACCAAACCAAAAACCAGUUGCGAGCCAGACCUCAGUGUGCUCACCGCUACGACACCAAAUAAGAACCCCAGCCAGGGGCAGAGAAGCCUCAGCAGGGUGGACCUCAUGCCGAGCCCCUGGCUAUGGGGCCAACCCCAACCUUGCCUCCCCCCGUGGGGGCCAGAGAAGGAAAAAGAGAAUGUGCCAGCCUCCUAGCCCCAGCCCCUAGCCCUGGGCCAGCGAAGACAGGGCCAGCGUGGGGCCGAUGGGGUGGCUCAGAACCAUCCUUCAAAUGUUCUUUUCCAGAAGGUAAAAGAGAAAGGGCCUGAACAACCUUACACCAAAUAUUCAGUAGCUUCAUCCAAAGGAUGUACAGAAUUUUUAGCAUUGUGCUCAACAGAAUGUGUCCCUACCAUGUGUCCCUGACCUCCCCUGGCCCCCAGCUCUCCCCACCUGGGCAGGUGGUCUUGCUUUAACCUCUUUCCUCCCCCAGCCAGGGGAGAGUUCAGUGGCAGGCCUGGGAUGACUUUGCACCCCUAUACCUCCCCCUUUCCCUGUGAAGGGUGGGCUAGGCUGUUUUUCCAAGUUCUAGCUCUCACAUGUCCUCCUCAGUCCUGUCACCAUCCUCUGAUCUGGAAUCUACCCCCCUCCCCAGCCUAUGGGGAGGUGGAAGUUCCUGGCAAGAGGGGAUGACUUGAGGGCAUUCAAGCUUUUUUUCCAUCCUUGUCUGUCAGUUUCCCUGAAAAAAAAAAAAAAAACUCAUAUUCCAGUGCCUAUCCGUGGGAUCCUUCACGUUCUUUGACAUUGACCAGAAACCAAAAAGAGAACUCACCUCUCUUCCAACCCUGUGCCCCUCUGAUACUGGUGGAUGCCUCCCCACUACCAUGUACACACACACACACACACACACACCAAUGGUGGGGUUCCUCCAGGUGGUGUCCCCAUCAGGGUCCAUGUGGCGGGGACAGUGCCAUGACCUGUGGUCUCCAUCCAAGAGGGCACUGUGGUGGCCACCACUCCCACGAGAACUCCGUGGAGUGGCUGGACCCUGUGAUGCCCAGCUCUGGACACACCUCGACGGACAGAGAGGUGCCGCUGGGAGCCACUUUGCCCUCCUACAGUUGUGGAGGCCAACAAAGUUUGAACCAAAAACAAAAAUACCAAACAAUAAAUUAAAACUAGAAAAGAAAAGAAUUUAUAGAUAUAUAUAUAUUUAAGGGAAAGAAGAUGAGGACUCUUCAAGAAUAAGGAGGAGCCGCAAGGCGGAGCCAAGCCCCUGCACCUGUGGUCCAGGCCCUUGGUCCCCGAGUCGGAUGGAAGGACAGAUGCUUCUUUCUCUUCACAAAUACCUCAUGGACGUCGUCUUCGGGAAAGCUGGAGGGGGGCGGCUGGGGCAGGGCCUGUCCCUCAGCCAGGGUGGACGGGAGCGGGUGGGCAGGGCCGAGAGGGUGUCAGGGACAGGGGUGAAGAGCCCAGCUCCCUGCACCCCAAUCAACUGAAAAAGCUUUAAAAAAAAAAAAACAGGAAAAAAAAGAAUAGGGAAGCAAAAAGAAUGGACAAAGGAAAACAAACUUUCGGGUGGUUUGAUUCCUCCUUUGAUUUCUUUUUCUGUUCUUUUCGGUCUGUCCUCUCCCCCCUUGCUCCCCCUUUCCCUCUCCCUUGCUCGUCCCGCCCCUCUCGAUCUAGUACUUUCAGUGUCUCUCCUCAAACCAAAGUGUUGCUGUGAAGGACGCGAGCCAUGGAAAGUAGAGCGGCCCUGCGGCCGCUGGGCAGAGCAGGGGAGCCCGGACCCUCCCAGGAGAGGCAGACACAGCUCAGACGCCACCCUGGGCCCUGGGGCCUCAGCGUUCUUUUUUGUCUCCCUUCUCCCACCCGGGAAAUGGAACUGUUGGGCUGGGCCGUGGACGAAGCAGAGACUCGGCUGUUUCGGGGAUCUCGGGGUGUCUGCCCCCCAACAUUGGCACCUAUGGGACCUGGCAUGCCGUCGACCCAUCCUUGUCAGAAUGUAAGCAUCUCCGCCGAACGACUCCCUGCCCUGACCCUACCUCUGAGUUUGUCCAUUUUUAUUUCUUGAAGAGAAGGGACUGGCGAGAGGGCCUGGGCCUCAGCCUAAGGGUGGAGAGGCAGCCAAGGGCUCCUGAACAGCUAGGAAAGAUAUUUGAGCAGAGCAAAGUGAAAGGAAUUACAACCAAAAACCCCUCCGAGAAGACAGGAAGCAUGGAAGGCAUGGUGGAGAUGACUCAAACAAAAACUAUGAUCCUAGACCAAAAAAAAAAGGAAAGAAAAUCCAGGACUCAUCACCACCCACUUCAUCCUGCUUUCUCCCCAUCGAAUCCUGUCCCCUCCACCUCUCCCUCACCCCAGUGGUGUUAGGGGGGAGGGCAGGGCAGAUAGAAUGGGAGGAAUUGGGGGCAGGGAUGGGGCCGAUGCCCUGACAUUGGUGGAGGGAACCCCAUGCAGCCGGGGGUGGUGGGGACCCUCCCCAUCCAAUCCCCAUAACUGGGAAAAGGAAACAAGAAAAAAUGAAAAUUCCUGGGAGGGGGAAAAAUAACCAAAUCCCAAGCUUUAACUACAGCUGUGAAACCAAAUAUUGGGAAGGGGGUGGGAGGGAGGGAGGGGCAAGUGUGCCCCAGGUCUCCCUCCUGGGCCCCCCUCCCCCGAGGACUCGAGAUAAGGCACCAAAUACCUCAUAGAACUUUAAUGUUAAAAAAGGAAACCAAAUAUCGUUGGCUGGGGGCCAGCCAGGGCAAGGGGCUGGGGGGCUGGAGGGAGCCAGGGUUGGGAAGGUGAUGGGGGAAUUCAUGUCCCCCACCCCACUCUGCCCCUUUCACUCCAGUACCCCCGUCUCGACUCCGGGAAACAAAACUAUCUCAUCGUUUUUAUUUUGUGGUCUGUGCAGAGCCUGUGUCCGUGUGUCUGUGUGUGAGCGAGAGAGAGCUGAGGGGCUGGGGAGGGAGACCCAGGCCGGGCUCUGGGCUAGC